AUGUACCUGGAGCCGGACCACCCCGACCCGCGCGGAGCCAACCUCGCCCACGUCGCAAGGGCGCUCAAGGCGGUGCUCACCGGAGGGCCGCCGCCUCUGGAGUGUGUCGCCUCUGUGGGCUUCUCCUUUCACAUGUUCGGCGUGUCGAUGGGAUCGCUCGAGCUGCGGGCUCGGACGGCGGAAGGCGAGGCGUGGGCCACCCUCUGGCGCGCCGACGGGCAGAGCGCCGGCGGAUCCACCGCAGACGCGUGGCGGAGGGCCCUCGUGCCGCUGACGCCGCCGAUGCGCCGCACCGGCGGAGCGAGCCUGCGCUUCGUCGGGACCGUGGGCGAUGGCUAUCUCUCCGACAUUUCGAUCGACGACCUCGAGGGCGGCCUGCGCCUCGCGAAAGUGCGCCGGGUGCGCCUUUUGCCGUGA